AUGACAGACCGGCAAAUAACUCAGCAGAAUAUCACCAGUCUGCUGGGAAAGCUGGAUGAUCCCGACGCUGAUUUGAGGUACAUGUCCUUGAAUGACCUUUACGGGAUCCUGAACAACCCCCAAUCGACAUUUAUCUCAAACGACCCCCGCUCUGCACACGGCCUUGCUGAAGGCUUGCUGAAAGCAUUGGAUGACCAGCACGGUGACGUCCAAAAUCAAGCGCUGAAAUGUCUUGGCCCGCUGGCUCUCCGAUUGCCAUUCGAAACACUCACACUACUCCUCGAGAAAUUGACCAACAUGACCGCUUCCCCGACCAUCGAUACAUCUGUCCCCAAUACCGCCUUGCGUACCAUUGUCGAUACUCUUCCUCGGCCCCAAGCUGGUCAACCCUCUCCACAGAACGUCAUCACCGCAUACUCCGCCGUCUCAAAGAUCCUAAUACCUCGACUGACAGGACCAACACAGUCAGCAUCAGGUAGACGUGGCUCGGUAGUGCGGGGAAUGUUGGAGAAGGACCCGUCCAAGGGCUUCAGCAGCGAGGCAAUCGAUGUGCUUAUCAAGGUUGUGACAUGCUUCGGCCCCCUCCUCCAAGAGUCCGAGCUAGCUACCUUGCAGGAGCCAGUCAUGGCUAUCAUCCACAAUGACACGGCAGGAACCGUUGUCAGCAAGCGCGCACUGACGGCCAUUUCAGCGCUGGUCCUUUACUUCUCGGACACCCAGCUCAACUCCUUCGUGGCCGGCCUCAUAGAAGCCCUAUCCUCCCCCAAGAUCUCCACCGUGCACCGGCGUCAUUUGAUUGCCGCUAUCGGCACAAUUGCUCGUAGUGCCCCAGCCAAGUUCGGCCCGCACUUGAAUAGCCUGGCACCUUUCGUCUUUGCCGCAGUGGGGGAGGAAGGUGUUGCCCCAUCAAAUUGA